AUGGGGCUGAAAGGCAAGUUGAUUGCGUCAAUGGAGGUGAAGUGUGGAGGACACUUGAUUAAUGAUAUUAUACACACCAAUACUCAUCAAGCAGCCAACAUAAGCCCUACUAUCAACCAUUUCGAGGUUCAUGAGGGUGAAAUAGGCAAAGUUGGUACGAUUAUUAACAUGAAAUAUAAGGAAGAUGGACAAGAAAAGACUAUGAAGUAUGAAAUUGAAGCCAUAGAUCGUUACAAGAAAUCAAUAACCCGGAAAGUGAUUGGUGGAGAUUUGUUAGAUUUCUAUGGUUCAUUUACGUUCGUAUCAUCAUGUGAACAACAAUGGAUUACAUGGACAUUUGAGUAUGAAAAGAAAAUAGAAAACAACCCAGCGCCCCUUAAUUUCUUGGGUUUUAUUCUUGAUGUGACCAACAAUAUUGAGGGUCACUUUCUC